AUGCUGCCAACGAAAGUCGUCGUGAUCGGAGACUCGGGGUGUGGGAAGACGACGUUGCUGCGCGCAUGCAUCGAGCUGCAACGGAAGGGAAAGGACAAGGAGCAGGCGGAGGACACGAUUCGCUGCCCAUCAUGCACAUGCACAUCCACGUCCUGCAGCUCAGGCUUCGAAGAUUCGAACGGCGACGACAGCUUCGACGUAUACCCCGUCUCCGUGUGCGACGACCCCAAUGCCAGUCUCCUGCUCUUUCAAGACACCCCCGGCUCGUACACGUACGACCGCCUCCGCCCACUCGCAUACGCGCACACCCAGGUCGUGCUGCUGUGCUUCAGCAUCGACUCGCCCGACUCGCUGCACGACAUUCUGACCCGAUGGACGCCCGAGCUGGACUUGCUCGGGAGCCACUUGCGCGUGCCGCGGCUGCUGGUGGGGUGCCGAGCAGAUCUGCGCACAGACUCGCGCGUCGUGCGGGAGCUUCGGCUGGCUGGAGAGCUGCCUGUGUCCAGCGACGAUGCGGAGGCGGUGGCGCGCCGGGUCGGCGCGGUGGGGUACGUGGAAUGCUCGGCGCGCGACGGGACGGGCGUGGAUGACUUGGUGCACCGCGUGGCUCGAGUCAGCGGGCGGUUGCAUGAGGCAGGGGGACGGUUUCGACGUCGAUUUGGAGCCAACCUGCUUCGCGGACUGCUGCUUCAAAUGAGGCGUGAUGUAGAUGGGGGCCGCAGCGCUUCGUUUGCGCCAUGGUGCGUGAUUUUAGCUUUCGCGCCCACGUCAUCCGAUCAACCCCAUGUGCAGCAUGAAUCGUCACGCGAUGAGAUGAGACCGUCAGGCGCUCAGAAUUGGAAGUUCCCCCGUCCCGGUGAUUGA